UUCUAGAAAAUUCGCUUCUAGGUGGUGUUGUAGGCUAACUUCCGACAAAAGUUCUGGAUAGAGCAUGCGAGAACUGUUCAACAAACCAUCAACACUGAAUAAGGGAAGCCUUUGCGAUUUUAGAAGAAUAAAAGUGGAAAGUUUAUAGGGUGACGUGUAGGAUCAUUGAGCAGAAUGGCAAAGUGGGGAGAAGGAGAUCCACGGUGGAUUGUGGAAGAAAGGCCAGAUGGAACUAAUGUAAACAACUGGCACUGGGUGGAAAAGAAUGCCACAAAUUGGUCGAAGGACAAACUAAAGGAGCUGCUGACUGGAGUUGUAGUGGAGGAUGAGAAACAUUUUUGUGAACUCAAAGAAGUAACAAGUAUUGAAGGGGAGGCAUCUACUAAUAACAGAAAAGCUAAAUUAAUCUUCUUCUAUGAAUUUGUUAUCAAAGGGGAAUGGUCAGGUAAAUUCAAGGACAGUGAGAAGAAAUUUAAAGGCAAAUUUGAAAUACCUAAUCUUAGUGAAGAAAAUGAUACAGAUGAAAUUGAUUUCAAUGUUACAAUCCCCAAGGACACAGAUGAGGGGUACAAAGUAAAGGAAUUUCUCCGGAAGACUGGAGUCGCGGUUGUCAGACAAAAGAUGGCAGAAUAUUUAAAUAAUUUAAAGAAUGAGUUCAGCAAAGGUGUUAUCUUGCCAACCAAAGGAGGACAACAAACAUCUGCGCAGACUGCAGCAGCGGCUAAUAAAGCCAGAGAAGAGAUGAACAAAUUGGUCAUAGAUCCCAAAGCCUCCAAACCUCUAGGUGUAAAGAUCCAUACCAAAAAAAUUGUGGGGAAGGAAGAGUUUAAGUGUCGAGCAGAGGACCUAUAUAGAGCCCUUACUGAUGUUCAGAUGGUUCAGGCAUUUUCUGCCAGCCCAGCUGAAAUGGAGGUUGAAAAAGGAGGACAGUUUUCUCUGCUCCAUGGAAAUAUAAUAGGGGAGUUUGUGGAUUUGGUACCCAAUCAGAAAAUUGUGCAACGAUGGAGAGUGAAAUCGUGGCCAGCUGCUCAUUAUUCAACAGUGACAUUUGAAUUUGAUGAAAAAGAUGACUGUACAGUACUUAAUUAUACACAAACUGGAGUCCCUGACUCAGAAUACGAGAAAACAAAAGAAGGCUGGGUUAUAAAUUAUUGGAACAGAAUGAAACAAGUGUUUGGAUUUGGAUCCAGUAUAUACUGAUGAAUGUUUUAAUUUUCCAAGAUAUCUCCAAAUUUACAAAGACUAUCUCAGUAUUGGUAAUUUUGCAUUUACUGUGAGGAAAACAAGGACAAAAGCAAAUUACCUACAGUGUCGCUGCGGAUAAAUGUAUUUACCGAUAAUUAUUUUGUUUUCAACAGCAAUGUGUUCAUAGAUGUAAGACUACAUAACGUUUUCAUAAAUUGUUUAUGGACAAUUUCUUUUGUCUCAAAACUGAGUAAAGUAUAUUUACAAACUAUGACUUGAUUAAAUGAUUGAAUACAGAGAGUGAUUUAAGGCUGUCAUUGGUUAAAGGCUGUCAGUGAUGGAAAGCUAGAUAUGAGUGAACUCUGUAAAUGAUUUUGAAUUUUAUAGGAAUUUUUUACGUCAUUGUCUUUCAGCCUACACAUUUUGAAAAGACUUGGUAUUGUUUUAGUAAUUGUUUCAAGACUUCAAAAUAGGGAAAUGUUAGCAGUUGUUGAAAAUUUAUUUCCGAAGGUUAAUUGAGUUGUGGAGGGCAACAGAUGUUUCUGAAAGCAUUUGCAUUGGUAGAUACUGAUGAAGACCAGCAAUUACAAACUGAAAUAUUUAUGUUACUUUUAAUUCUAUUGAAUGUGAUUUUGAAAUAUUUUUCAUGUGAUAUUUUUAGUUUUGAAAUUACAUAACAGACACUUCUCCAUCAGCUGCAUGAUAUAUACAGUUUCAGAUGAUAUUACUGAUAAUGUCAAGUUCAUUUAUUACAAUUUUUUUACUUUUACUUGGAAUAAUCUUGUCAAUACAAAUAAAACAUAAAUAAGAUUUGGAAUUGUGCAAGGAGUUUAUAUGUGCAUAACGUUGCUGAAUUGCAUAUAAGGGAUGUGAAUGUCUGAUAUGUUGACUGAUUGUAUGCUGUUUGCUCUACUUGGAUAAUUUUGAUUGAUGUUUGGAAAAGAGGACUUUACAGAUUGAUGUAUGUUGCAAUUUAUUAUUACAAUCUAGGAAGAGUUUAUAAAUCACUCUUGGAUCCAUGUAUUUUUCACAUCACCUUUCUACAUAUCAUAUGCAUGUACAAAAUAAUACAUGUAUAAUGAGUUUUUUUUUUCAAAUAUAAGGAAGUUAUUUAUGAAUGAGACUAGGAAGUUGAGAUGUAUUUGCACAUAUAAAGAAAUGUUUGAUGCAAAGCACAGAUAUUACAUUUGGCAAGUAGAGAAUUAGUGGUUUGGCAUUUUGAUUAGUGGUAGAAGUAUUUCCUCUAAAUUGUGUCUUCAGAUUGAAAAGAUUUGUAUUUUAUUUUUCUUUCUUAUAUUUCUUUAUUCAUAUUUUGGAACAUGACUUGUACAAUAAAAGAUUUCAUCAAG